CCACGAAUAUUACACACAUAUAUAUAACUAAGUACAACAUGACUAAGCUCAUCCUCAUCCUCGCCGCACAUAUCCUCAUCCUCGCUGCCGUUGCUUCCGCCAGUGACUUCGCAAGAACCAUGAACGAGAAACACCUUGACAUUUCCACAAAGGAGAAACUCACUCAUCUCCGACUCUAUUGGCACGACUCCUUAUACGGUAGACACCCUAGCUCCGUCACAAUCCAAAAACCUGUCUUCAACUCUUCCUUAUUCGGAAUGAUUACCAUGAUGGACGAUGCACUGACAUUGGAUGAAUCGAGGAAUUCGACUGUGGUGGGUAAGGCGCAAGGGAUCUACGCUGGAGCGGCACAAGGAGAGAUUGGCUUCUUGAUGGUAAUGAACUUUGCUUUCACUACAGGGAAGUACAACGGGAGUACGAUCGCGAUUCUUGGCCAGAACAGAGUGAUGUUGAAGGUUAGGGAAAUGCCAGUGGUCGGAGGCAGUGGAAUGUUUCGGUUUGCUAGAGGUUAUGUAGAGGCUCGCACCAAGUUGUUCGAUCUCAAAUCCGGUGAUGCCACUGUCGAGUAUAAUUGUCAUGUCUUGCAUUACUAAUGUAACAUUUGCAUUUUGCUUUUGUGUUUGUUAUUGUAGCUGUCGUGUGAUAGUUAUGAUGAGACAUGAGAGUGUUAUUGUCUUUUCUCAAUAUUGUAAU